AUGAAAUUCAACAACGAAGGAAUUUCUAAGGUUUUUUCGCAGCAUAAAUCUAAAGGAGAUAAAGGAACGGAAAUAGGUGAAAUAUAUGCCUUGAAUGGGUCAAGUUUGAUGAGAGACCAAACUGAAGCUCUAACAACCUCCAAGCUGCUGAAUUCUCUGGUUCUCCCUCCUCUUUUGCUAUCCCAGCUAAUGGAACCUUGUCUACCAUUCUAUAAGACAAUCAG